AUGUCUGAACAAGUCGAAGGACAGCCAUUGGUGUCCUCCCUGUGGACGAGGUCACUGAUUUCAGGAGCCAUUGCAGGUCUGACAGUUGACUGCUCGCUUUAUCCUCUCGAUACCAUCAAAACGCGACUCCAAAAAGCACGCGACCACACCACACCCCAAGCCCGAGUCUCUCUGCGUCAAACCUUCCGCGGCAUCUACGCCGGCCUCCCCUCCGUCCUCUUCGGCUCCGCCCCCUCCGCCGCCUCUUUCUUCAUUGUCUACGAUGGCGUCAAGCGCUCUCUUCUCCCUUCCAGCUCCGAGCCCCAGGCCCGAGCCCACAUCAUCCUCACACACUCCCUCGCCUCCUCCCUCGGUGAAAUCGCCGCUUGCGCCGUCCGCGUGCCCACAGAAGUCAUCAAGCAGCGUGCCCAAGCAGGCCUCUUCGGCGGCUCCAGUCUCCUCGCCCUAAAGGACAUCCUCUCCCUCCGCCAUGCCACCCCCUCCGACCCCACCGCAAAGCGCGGCUACAGCCAAGUCUUCCGCGAACUCUACCGCGGCGCCGGAAUCACCAUCGCCCGCGAAAUCCCCUUCACCGUGCUCCAAUUCACCAUGUGGGAAUCCAUGAAAGAAGCAUAUGGCAAGCGGUACCUGCGCUCCGCGGAGACCGCCACCUCCGUCAUUGAGACCCAGAUCCCCGCCUCGACGAGCGCCAUGUUCGGUAGUGUUGCUGGUGCUAUUGCGGCGGGUCUCACGACCCCGUUGGAUGUGAUCAAGACGCGGGUUAUGCUUGCGCGCCGUGGAGACGGGGCCGCUGGGGCUCCUGUGCGGGUGCGGGAGAUUGUGCGCGGAAUUGCGCGCGAGGGUCCUGGCGCAUUCUGGCGUGGAAUCACGCCGCGUGUGACGUGGAUUGGAAUUGGUGGGGCUGUGUUCUUGGGAAGCUACCAGAAGGCUUCCAAUACCCUUGAGGGGAGGAGGGAGAAGGUUGAGAAGGGAAUUUAA